UCCGUGUGACCCGCAUACAUAUCGCAUCAAUGCGACGUAAAUUGAUUUUUCUGGCUGGGAUAUAUCGCGAGAGGCCACGCGCGCACAUCGACCGGCAACGAUCGUACAAUGAUUUAAAGUACUCGGUGUUUUCGCGGCUUCAUUGUCACAUUUUCCAUUAUUUUAUCGCGCCUCAGAUAACGAGCAUCCUCUAAAGACAAGCGAAACUAACUCUCUCCCCCCCCCCCGCCCCCGGUUACCAAUUUUGCGUUGUUUACACGGAUUUCCAAGUGUUACGACAUAAUUAUCGACAUUUCACUUCUGCAUGAAUACGUCUCGUUCUAUUUUUGGUAGUCGAUGAGACGAUCUUCUCCGACGAUUUCUGCCUCGUCAAAGAUUCCUGAACACGGUUCUGUGGAAGAAAGUGAACGAAUAAUUAUGUCGAUCUCGAUUGUGAUCACAUUAAUAAUGAUGAUGAUGAUGAUGAUAGUCGGAAGUUGCGAAGCUUACGAGAAGGAUGGAGUCCUCCGGUUGUUGGAUAUCCCCCGUCAUUUCCGCCAAUCGAAGGAACAACAAGAGAACCGAGGACAUAUGGAGCAAUGUCGUGCCACGAAUCUCCGGAAGGAACAGUUGGGACACGUGAACGUGUUCGCAUUUUUGGAUCCCUCCUGGUAUUACAGCUACAGGCAAGCAAUCAUGUUGGGAUUAUUGAAGAAGCGAUUAGACACGUCCGGUUUUUCGAAUAUCUUGUUCUUCAUGGUGACACCGCCGUCAGAUUUGCCGGAAGACAGCACGGAGAACAAUAUAGAGAUAAAAGCGUGGAGGGAAAUAUCUAAAAAUAUACAGGAUUCCGAGUACUUCUUCGACUUAGAAGAAUCGUUGUUCGCUGACGUUGAGAACAAGAAAAAGGACAUAAUUUUUCUUCAAGACACUUCCGAGUUGGGUAUCUGGAAAAGUUUUUAUGCAUCGAAAGACGAAGUAAUCAUUAUCGAUCGCUGCGGUAAAGUAACUUAUCAGAUCAUAGUACCCUGGAGUAUACUAUACUUCCCUUACGUUAAAGCGGCCAUUCUUUCCACGUACAACGAUGAUCCAUGUGGUCCUUGCUAUGUACAAUCAACGAUAGGACGCGAUUCAGUGGAAUACGAGGAAUACCUUUUAAAAGCUAUCAAUUCAGAUGAAAUAAAGAUAGAUAAAAAUCUUGAUACGCGUACAGAAAGAGUAUUUACCGAUUUAACGACUAGCAAUAUAUCCUCAGAGGAAUUAAAAGAAAUUGAAGAUGAUAAAAAUACCAGUACCGUCGUUCCUUUUAAUCCAAGCAAUAAUGGAAGUACGGUUUAUGAUAUCACAACUGAGUCGUCAACGGUACGGACUACAGAAAAUAUGAAAAACGAUGACAAUGUACGAGACAACAUUCUUUUUACCGAUAAGAAUAUUGAAAUAACUUCUGAAAUACCAUUGGAACAAGAACAAACUCAGAUACCGACUAUAAUAUCAAACUUCGCGACGACCGAAGUAUACAGUGAAGCGCAAGAUUGUAUCUUUUCCAAUAAGCACGUAAAUGGUAAUAACAACUUUUCCACGAGUAACGACUCAAAUAUCGAUUUGACAAGAAAUCACGAAGAUCUUCAAAUUGAAUCAAAUAUUAGUUUAGAAGAUGUGAAAAUGAAAGAACAAGAAGUAAGUAAGAAUACUGAGCCACAAAGUCCAAACGACGAGAAUAUGCCUUUACGUAUUAUAUUAUACGCUCCGCAUUUACAUGAAGAAAAUGGAACAUUCAAAAAAUAUACGCACUUAGUUCUAAAAACAGGAAGUCCUGAUUAUCAUGAUCAUUUUAAUAGCAAAAGUACAACUUCUGAUCAAGAGCCAGCAGCAUUAAAAAGGUCAGAAUCAACGAUAUUAGACGAUAAAACGUUGGCUCAAUUCGUGCACAGUGUAGACGAGAGUCCAGGAGUAUAUGGAGAAAUAGCAAAUUAUUGGCAAACUAUCGACGAAGAUGAACUCAAUAAUAAAGACGAAAAUACAGAGUAUACAGAUUACGACUACGCUACGGCAGAAGAUACAGAAAGUAAUACUAAUGAUGCUUUCGAUAAUGAAAGCAGUGUAUUAAAACCAGGCGAUAUCGAUUCAACUGAUUCAGACAUGAAUAUUACAAAUAACAAUGAUUUGGAUGAUUUUAUGCAACGAAGAUUAAUCGAGCAUUAUAAUAAAUUAUUAACAUGGAUUUACUAUAUCAUUUGACAAAUCAAUCACACUUAUGACAAAUACGAGUAUCGUAAAAACAUGUCUACACAAGUAAUCAUAAAGUUGUAUAGUUGUAAAAUAGACACGGAAAUGAAUCUCUUAUUUAUACAUCGUUUCACAUCUUAAAAACAGCUUCACGUGUAGUGUACAUAUAAGUAUGUAUAAAUAUUUUUAUGAACACAUAAGGUAGAAUCGUGAAGUUUUAUUUAUAAUAUUCUAAGUAAGAAAAAACUUUCAAAAACGUUGUUUUUAGAAAGAUUUAAGUAUAUAUCAUUAAGUAUACUCAUUUGUAAUUUCUUCUGGUUCGCUUACAUCGUCCGAGUCUAAACUAUUACUAUUGCUUGUUGUAGUGGUACUUGAAGUGCUACUUUCUGAAUCGCUUUCAGAAUCAGUAUCGCUGCUGUCGCUUGAACUCGAGCUACUCGAUAACCUAUAUAAAACAUAAUUUACAUGUGCAUUACUAAAAAAUGUAGGAAAUAAUAAGUUUUAUAAAUCUUCCUUACUGUGCAUUUCAUCCAUGCGUAAUGUGCAAAUAUAAUGGCAAUUUGUUAUUGCUAUAAGUUUUAUUACUGAUAAGUUUACAAUUUGAUAUUCAUGUAAUUCACCAAAGGAAUGUGCAUUUUAGAAGUUAGUGUAUUAUAUUAGUAUAUUUCAGAUUAAAAUAUAUAUAGAAUAUGUACAAAUAUUUAUUUCAUUUAUUAAGAGGUAAACGAGAAAGCUUUGUUAAGGAAUAUAUUCAAAGCAAUUCUAUUGAAAUACUUACAAAUACUUUAAAGAAUGUUUGUCUUUAAUGUAGUAUAUAGUCUUUGGCCUUUAAAAUAAAAUCAUAUAACAUAAAGACAUAUAAUAUUCUUCAAUGAAUCCCAGAAUUUUCUAAAAGUUACAAAAUAUUUUGUACAUUAUACUUACUUAUCUUUGUCAUUGUCAUUAACUGUUAAUUCAUCCAUUUGAUCCACUAUUUCAUGAACAGAAUUUUCUAUAAUAAGAUCUUCUUCUUGCACAGAAUAAGCUGCUUGCUCUAGCUCUGCUAAGUCAAGUUGCAUGUCAUCUUUGGAAGGUUGAACCUUAAGAGAAAUAAAUAUACAUUAAUAAACCCUAAAAAGUUACUCCUUAAUAUUUAUAUACUUACAUUAGCGAUAAGAGAUUCCAAUGAUUCGAUUAAAGAUUCAUUAAUCUGUUGUAACCAGAUCAGGUAAUCUUUUAUAUACAACUGAUUUAAUAUAUAUCGCGGUUCACACGAAUUGUUAAACAAACUAU